AUGGGUUCUCGUACUGAAAUGAAGAAGCUUGGUGAUCUCGAAGAUGAUUCCUCCUCUUUCUCUAAAUCAUCGUUUAAAGAUGAUAAUUUAUCAAUUGACGAGGAAACAUUGAUCGAUGAUGAAAUCCCGAACCUUUCUUACUGCGGACUUUUUCGUUUUGCAACACGACUUGAAGUUCUCCUGUUUGCUAUUGGGAUCGUAGCCAGCGCUGGCCUUGGGGCAUUGUUUCCUUUGAGCAUGGCAUUGUUUGCUGAAAUGGUGGAUAAAUUAAUCAGAAACUUCUUCAAAGCGGCUGAUUUAAUUGAGGAACAAAUUCCGCUGUUUGUAUAUCUCGCUGUUUCUUCUCUUAUACUGGGCUUUGUGCAAAUGUAUUGCUUAACUCUCUCUUCGAAGCGGCAAGCCAGGCGCAUCCGAAUACUUUUCUUUGAUAGCCUAAUUCGCCAAGAUGCAAGCUGGAUGGAUUCCAGAGCGUCUGGUUCUCUGAUCAGUUUGCUCUCAAGUAGCAUACCCCUAAUUCAAGGCGGAAUGGGAAAUCGUGUCGGCAGCUUCGUCCGAGACGUUGUCCUUUUCGUCGGCUGCAUUAUCAUGGCCUUUGUAAAGGGCUGGAAACUCGCACUUGUAGCUUCUGCUUCUCUUCCCCUUAUCGGGAUCUCAUUUGCUUUCCUUGGAUUUUCCCUGAAGUACUUCAAUAAUAAGGAAAUUCAGGCCUACAGUCGAGCCGGUGGCAUUGCUGGCGAGGUGCUUCAUUCUAUACGAACUGUUUUUGCCUAUGGAGGGCAAGAGACAACAUAUAAACGUUAUUCCAGUGAGCUUUAUAAGGCUGAACAUACGGGCAUACGAAAAGGCAUGGCCAUUGGCGCAGGAAAUGGUUUCGUUAGCCUUUCGAUUUUCUCGGCCGCGGCUCUUUCGUUAUGGUACGGAAUCACCUUGGUUCGCACUGAAAAAUUCAGUAACGGAACCGUAAUCUUGGUUGUUGUAAGCAUAAUCAUUUCCAGCAUCGCAAUUGGUAAAGCUCUGCCUGAAAUCGAAGCGAUUGCAAGGGCAGUUACCUCAGCGAAAAAGGUGUAUGCCAUCAUCAAUCGUAUUCCAUCAAUAGAUAUUGAUGAAGUGGGCUACGCACCAUCAACUUUGAUUGGAAAAAUAGAAUUCAGAAAUGUCUGCUUUACCUAUCCAAGUCGACCCGACGUACCCAUUUUGAAGAACUUUAACUUGACGAUUCAGCCUGGUGAGAAAGUUGCAAUAGUGGGAUUCAGUGGUUCCGGAAAAAGCACUGCAAUUCACCUUCUCCAGCGUCUUUAUGACCCUCAGACCGGUGAAGUUCAAAUUGACGGAACUAAUAUUCGCGAUCUCGACCUUAACUGGCUUCGCAGUCAGCUGGGGACAGUUUCUCAAGAGGCCACCCUAUUUACUGGCACGAUUUCAGAUAACAUCCGCCUUGGUAGACUUAACGCAACCGACCGAGAGAUCGAAGAAGCUGCCGGCUUGGCUGGUGCGGACGAAUUUAUUACUAGGAUGCCUGACGGGUAUAACACGUGGUUAAGUGAGGGCGGUGCAAAGCUUUCGGGGGGCCAAAGGCAGAGACUUGCCAUCGCAAGAGCCCUAAUUCGUUAUCCCAAAAUUCUUCUUCUUGAUGAAGCCACGUCAGCCUUGGACACACGCACUGAAAAGGCCGUGCAGCGAGCCCUGGAUCGGGCAUGCGUCGGUCGUACAGUCAUCAUGGUGGCUCAUCGUCUCACGACAAUUCGUGAUGCUGACAAGAUUAUUGUCAUGAAAGAAGGUGAAAUUAUGGAACAGGGAAGUCAUGACGAGUUAAGGGCAAAGCAAGGACAAUACUAUCGCAUGCUCCAGGCACAACUCGCUUUGAUGAUCUUCACACCGAAAAAAAUGCAACGCAAGGCCAACGAGCUUGCUGUCACUAUGAUUGUCCUUGGAAUCAUGCGAAUGGUUGCUACAUUCAUACAAAGGACAAUGCUUGGAAUUGCUGGAGAAAGAUUAACCAGGAGGGUCCGAGCCAUGCUAUUUAAAUCCAUUCUAAAGCAGGAGGUGGCGUGGUUUGACAAGCACGAGAACCAGCCGGGUGUUCUCACUGCCCGCCUUGCUGCCGAUGCGCCUUCACUGGAGAAGAUCUCCGGUUCUCAACUCGGUGUUAUGGUGGAGGCGGCCUGCCUCGUCAUUGUUUCCCUCGCUAUAGCCGCUAAUUUCAAUUGGAAAGUGACCCUCGUUAACCUGGCCUUCUUCCCCUUCCUCGUUCUCGCCAGCAUUCUCCAGCUCAAAGACCUCUCGGCAUCGGAACAGAGGCGGUAUCUCGGUGGCGUUAGUGUCGCUCAGGAGGCCAUUUCCGCUCACCGGAUUGUCUCCAGCUUUGGCCUCGAGAAUUACUACAGCCAACUGUUUCUGGAUAAAUGUGGAAGUGCUACUGGAAUAAUCGACUGGCCAAAUAUCUUCUUCUCAACUGUCAGCACUGUGGCCCAAUCCAUGCAGUACUUUCAGAUGGCAGCGUCUUUCUCCGUUGGGGCGACCCUUCUGCGCCAAAAGGAAAUCGGAACGUUCACCGUUUUCCGGGUUUUCACUCUCAUCAGCUUCUCCGCUCAGGGUGUCGGUCGUGCAGCUUCAUUCCUACCUGAUUUAAAAAGUGCCAAUACCGGUGCCAAGCAGAUUAUGGAUUUGCUAGGACGGCAAACCAAAAUGGACGUAGACGAUGGCGAGGCCCCGGAAAAGCCAUUUUCGGGCCAAAUUGAUUUCAAAGAUGUCAUGUUUUCAUAUCCAGAUCGCAAGUUCGUGAAAGUUCUCAAAGGCUUCAGUCAUUCCAUUGGAGCAGGAACUUCUGUUGCUCUGGUCGGUCAAUCGGGCUGUGGCAAAUCGACUAUUCUCCAGCUUAUGCAGCGCUUUUACGACGUCGAUAAUGCUGCUAACGAACAAGGUGUCUUUAUGGAUGGGAAAAACGUCAAAUCACUGGCACCUAAUUGGAUACGCCAGCAUAUUGGCUUUGUCUUCCAAAAUUCUGACCUAUUCGAUCUCUCGAUCAGAGAAAAUAUUGCUUUUGGUGAUUGUUCACGUGAACUCUCGAUGGACGAGAUUAUCGAGGCCGCGAGGAUCGCCAAGAUCCACGAUUUCAUUACGAACUUGCCUAUGGGCUACGAGACGACAGUAGGAAUCCAAGGAUCCCAGCUGUCUGGCGGUCAGAGGCAGCGCCUUGCAAUUGCCCGAGCUCUGGUGAGGAAACCAGCAUUGCUUCUUCUCGACGAAGCCACGUCAGCGCUGGACGCUGAAAAUGAACGCGACGUCCAAAAUGCCCUUUCCGAGACCAUCGCCAACUCCUCCAUAACGUGCAUUGUUGUCGCCCAUCGGCUGUCAACUGUCGAGGCUUGUGAUUGCGUUGUAGUGGUGGACAACGGCCAGAAAAUCGAAUGCGGUCCACCGGGGGCCCUACUUCAAGCUCGUGGGGCCUUCUACGCUCUUCAUAGUGCCUCAGCCUAA